UGGUCGUUAUUCUUGGUGCAGAUCUGGCAACCCCGAAGGCUUCCGCGAAGCAGUGAGAUCAUAAGGAGGGGAAUCGGGGAUGGCAACUCGUCUGGCGUGGCUGAAAGAAGACAAGCAGAGUGACAUUUAAAGCCUGAACUUCUGAUCCUCCAGAUUGUCUCAGCGUGUACAGCCAUGGAGGGUCUGAAGCACAUUUUCACUUACACCAGCAAGGAUUUUGUGUACGAGGUGUGCCGGCUGGAAGGAAAGGAGACCUGGGGUGCGUCCAGGUUUGAUGUAGCCCUGAGAUGUGGCUGGGUGGAGAAGAUGAACCGCGGGCUUUUCAGAUAUCAUUUGGGGGAUCUGGAGACGCGGGUGUUACCCGGCGAGUGUGGAUAUGUCGCCCAGCUCAACAUUCAGAGAGGCAUCGAAAGGAGAAAGCCUCAGGUAAUCCUGAGCGUUCAACAGCAGUUCGACCCCAAACUCUUUAACUUCAACAAAAUCAAUUCAGCGGAAAUCUUGUUUGAAAUGCACAAAGCUGAAGUGAUUUCCGCUGAGGAAGGACGUGCUCCAAACGGAUCCUGUGCCUCAUGUGCUGUGAUCAUAAACGCGAGUCCGUUAGAGUUUGGUCACUGCCUGCUGGUACCCGAGCCUUCCCGGUGCCAUCCUCAGAUCCUAACGCCUCUAGCGCUCCAAAUCGGGGUCGAAUCCUUGUUUCUUAGCGCCGAUCCCGGAUACCGAGUCGGGUUUAACAGUCUCGGGGCGUUUGCCUCCGUUAAUCACCUACACCUCCAUGGAUAUUACUUGAAUCACGCUUUACGGAUCGAGUGCGCCCGCGCAGAGCUCAUCUUUCCCAGCAAGAGCUUGUACCGGCUUGUGGACUUUCCGAAAGCAUUCAUGUUUUACACGGACGGCCACGAGGAUGCGCGCGCCACCGCCGCCACCGUCUGCAGGCUCACCGACCUUCUCGUAGAGAGAAACAUUGCCCACAAUGUCUUCAUGACCCGAGGCUGCCAUCCAGAGAGUGAAGAUGAAGCUGUGUCCUCCCUGCGCCACGGAGUGCGCAUCUUCAUCUGGCCUCGAGUGUCGUGUUUUGGGGCGAAAGAGGAGUCAGCCUUUAACGUGGCUCUGUGUGAACUGGCCGGCCAUCUUCCGUUUAAAAACAGAGAGGACUAUGAAGGCUUGGACGAGGAUGGGGUCAAAGCAAUUGUUCAGAGGUACCUCCUCAGUGACGAAGAGUUUGCUGACUUAGAAAAACAAAUUGUUGAAAAAUUACAAACAGCACUUGACCAGACUGCUGACUAUUUAUAAAUGUGCUGUGUGUAGUUAUGUGUUUCUAGAUGUUGCCUAUAAUAACCGUAGGACCUGGAUGGCAGACUUUCAGUAACACUUGUCCUGGUCAGGGUCGUGCAUGGUGACCUUAGAAAUAUUGACUUGCAUCUGAUCAGGAUAUUUUCUGCAGUUUGCCUCAAAGGCAGCAGGGGGCUCUAGAAGAAUGUCUUGACUUAUUCCGUUAUACAUAAGUGACUUGUAUUCACAAUAUAGUGCUUUUCCGCUGAGCAGUGCUACAUGGCAUGUUCCCAAAAACCCAUCAUCUUCCAGUUUGGUCAUUUUGCCAAUUCUCACCCAUUAGCUAGCUCUUCCCAUCACACACCACCAACCUCUGAUACAUCCUCACAGAUACAAUGCUCAUGCUGUGCCAGUUAUUGUGUCAGAUACUUAAUAAAACAAAUAGCCUGGAUAGUCUGAUAGCCUAGACUAACUAAUUUAAUAUUGACAAAAGCUUACACUGUGAAAGAAAAUUGACUAGCUAAUGAAUCCUUGUGUAACCCUAGACAAUGCAUGGACAACCUAACAUCAGUUACUCUCAUUACCUUUUAAAGUAAUGAAAUAAAGCUUGUACAAUAGAGAAGCACAGAAUAUCAGAAUACCUUUCUGCUUUUUGAGAACAAAUGUACUACAUGACAAUCAGAAAACCGUCAUUGUACUGUACUUAUUGUACCACUGUUUUUGUACUGUUCUUCCUUGUUUUAUCUGCUUUCAUAAUAUGUGUAUUUUAGGAUCAUAUUUUAAUGACUAGGUUAAUAAAUUAACAGUAGUCUGUAUAGUACUGUUCUAAUUCUAAAGAACAAAAAGAACCUGAAAAACAAAGAAACGUGAAAGUAAUACAAGCAAGGUGGGACAGAUGAUCUACUGUCUUUUAUCAAAUGCCAGGAGAAUAAAAUUCUCUGUUUACUGCA